GUGGCUCCUCCUCCAGCGGUCCUGAGCCGCAAGCUGGGCACCCACGGCGAAGCAGGAGCCUUUGUGCCCCGCUGCGGGAGCCCGCGACGGCGCUGCGCUGCGGGGGCCAUUGUUUCGCUUCUCUGUCUCUUCCGGGCAGGUGGAGGCGGCGCGGGACCUGCGCUGUGCAGGGCGGCGGCAGGAGCGCUGGGACCCGCGGGCGCCGUCAGGGACGUCCCGGGGCUCUCGGGGAGGGGAGAUGAAGUACCUGAAGCCUUGGUGGUCGGACGGCGGCAGGCUCCUGCAUCUCACCAUCCUGCUGAGCUUGGCGGGGCUGCGCGUGGACCUGGACCUAGACCUGUACCUGCUAAUCCCGCCGCACUCCCUGCUCGGGGACGAGCUGCCCCACAGCAGAGGCUGGUCGAGCUCCGCCUACGCGCUCAGCCCCUUCCCCGCCGGGGGAGGCUGGGGGCUCGCGGAGCUGGGGCGCCCCAAGUGCCUGUGGGCGGACCCCGUGGUGCCGUCUGAGGGCCAGCUGCUCCGGGAGGUGCGCGCCCUAGGGGUCCCCUUCAUCCCCCGCACGCGAGUGGAUGCGUGGCUGGUGCAUAGUGUGGCGGCCGGGGACCCCGACGGGGCCCACGGACUACUAGGCGCCGCGGCCGCCUCGUCCGUCGGGGUAGUCGGCGCUGCUGCGGACGGCGGCAGCCAGGCAGCGCCGGGGGUCGGCGGGGACCCCCGGGCGGCUCAGAGUAGUCCCUUGGCGGCCGGGGAGGUGGACUCGGCGCCCACAGAACCAGCGGCUCAAGUUCCAGACACCCGCGGCCGCGCUGACGAGGACAAUGAAAUACUGAGAGAGAGGCAUGAGGCUGUGGAUCAUAGUUCCCUGCAUGAGGAAAAUGAACAAAGGAUAUCAACCCAGAAGGGAAAGUCACUACAGCAAAAGAAUGAAGAUGGAGAAAAUGCAGAUAAACGUGACCUGGAGGCAGAGCAAAUUAAUGAUUCUAGAAAUGAGAGACAUCUUAAUGGGACAGACACCGGUUUUUCUCUGGAAGACUUAUUUCAGCUGCUUUCAUCACAACCUGAAAGUUCACUGGAGGUUAUCUCACCAGAUGUUCCUCUUCUAGGAAGCAACGAUGACAUGAAUUUAUCAACACAUAAUGUAAACAUUAGCCAGGCAAUUAGUCAAGAUGUGAGUCUCCAUGAAGCCAUGCUGCUGUGUCCAACAAACAACACAUUUAGAAGAGAUCCAGUAGUGAGGACUUCAGAGCCACAAGAACCAUUUUUACAAUUAAAUUAUCAAACCAAUCCUGAACAGAUCCUUCAUGAAACAAACCUGACGAGUUUUUUUUCAUUUCUUGACAAUCAAAUGAGGAAUCUUACAAAUCAAGACCUUCUGUAUCAAGACCUUGAUAUAAAUACUUUUGAUGAGAUAAACUUAAUGUCCUUUGCCACAGAGGAAGGCUUUGAUGCAAUUGAAGUUUCUCGACUUUUUGAAGAUUCUGGGCUUUCCUUACAUUCAAGCCACAAUAGCACCUCUGUCACCAAGUCUAAUUCCUCUCAGUCUAUUUGUGAAGGAGCUAUAGGAUACAGUAGUGAUCUUGAAUCUCAUUCCUACCAUGACUUAGAAGGGGCGGUAGGAGGCUACUACCCAGAGCCCACUAAACCUUGUCACACAGAUCAUAGAAGUAAUUCUGGUUUUCAUGAAGACCUUACUUUUCAACACAUACUUCAUAACCACACUUACCAUUUACAACAGAGUGCCCUAGAAUCUACCGAAUCUCUUUCAUGGUCUGGAAAGCAACAGAAAAUAUGGACUAGGUACUUCAAUGACACUGACAGAAACUUAAGUCGUGAUGAACGUCGUGCUAAAGCUUUGGAUAUCCCCUUUUCUGUAGACGAUAUUGUCCGCAUGCCUGUUGAUUCUUUCAACACCAUGCUAAGCAGGUACUACCUGACAGAUCUCCAAGUAUCACUCAUCCGUGAUAUUAGACGAAGAGGGAAGAAUAAAGUUGCAGCUCAAAACUGCCGUAAACGUAAAUUGGACACAAUUUUGAGUCUAGAGGAUGAUGUGUUUAAUUUGCAAGCAAAGAAGGAAAACCUUGAACGAGAGCGAACCCAGUAUAACAAAGCUAUUACCAUAAUGAAACAGAAAUUGCAUGACCUUUAUCAUGAUGUUUUUAGUAGGCUGACAGAUGAUGAAGGUAGGCCUGUCAACCCAAACCAGUAUGCACUUCAGUGCAACCAUGAUGGAAGUGUUUUAAUUGUACCGAAGGAACUGGUAGGCUCAGGCCACAAAAAAGAAAAGCCAACAGGGAAAGAAUAAAAAUGAGAAAUUUAAGAUUGAGCCUUCUAAGAUGCAUGAAGCAGAAAUGUUCAGAAACUUAUUAGUGGACUAUUACUUCUAUAUACUAAAUACUGCUAAAUUGAAGCUUAAAAGGAUUUCUUCAGGGUUUCCAGGUCAUAUUUAUGGUAAAAUUUGGGGAAGCCAUGACUUGAAGUCCUUUGCUAAUGAAUGUAUUGUACACAAAAUUCAAAAAUGUGUGCAGAAGGAUCUCACGAAAACUUGCUGUUUAUUCAGUGACUUUGGUAGUCACCUCAAGUAAAUGUUGUAUUUAAAUUUUUCUAUGACCUGAAAUGAGGAAUACACAAAGUAUGUUUUAUAUAAACAAAUUAGCCUUGGAAAUCUUUCAUCUAGAAUAGCUCAUACAUUCAGGAAUAUACUUAGCUAAUAUUAGUGGUAAAUUUUGUUAUUCACACUGAAAGAUCAGGUUCAAACUCAACAUAGCUAUCACUACAUAAAAAAUUAAAAAGUGACCACUGGGUGGUAGUAGCGCAGCGGGUUAAGUGCACGUGACACAAAGUGCAAGGACCAGCAUAAGAAUCCCGGUUCAAGCCCCUGGCUCCCCACCUGCAGGGAGUGUUUCACAAGUGAGGCAGGUCUGCAGGUGUCUUAUCUCCCCCCACACACACACACACACGUCUUCCCCUCCUCUCUCCAUUUCUGUGUCCUCAAUGACAUCAAUAAUAACCACAAUAAAACAAGGGCAACAAAAGGGAAUAAAUAUAUUUUUUAAAAUAGGGACCAUUGAGGGGCACUUGGGAGGACAGCUUUUGCUGGCAUAUCACAUGUACUACAGCACUGAGGUCCCUCCCUUCUUUGUCUACCCAUCAUAUUAAGCCAAAAUGGGGGGGAGGAGAGACCAAGAACUCCCCUUAGCAGCAACCUAGUCAGUGGGGAAGGAUGGCUCCCUUCUAGAACACUAACAUCUCAUAUGAGUAGUAAGUCAAUAAAUGAACAUUUUAUGAAAUCUGGCAAUGCUAAGCUUUUUAAAUGUCAUUUGAUCGUGAAACAGUAACAAGUUAUUUGAAAAUCAACUGGUUAACAACCCUAGAAAUUUAAUACUUGUUAUUGGAAUACUGACAGUGAAUUUUUAAUUCCAGUAUUUGGAAAGGUAAAUAUUGUUCAGUCAUAAAGCAAAUCAGUCAUGUCAAACAUUAACCAUAAAAAUCAUUGCCUGAUUUGUCUACCAAGUAUUAUUUUGCUUAUAUAAAUAUUAUCUUACAGAGA